ACAAGCCUAGCGAGGGGAAAAUCGGAGUUACGUGUUUUUUCCGUUUUUUCAGGUAGCAUCAACGUGUGGAUUAUUUUGAGUGUAGAAUGCCAAGCCGCCAACAAUAUGGCAGAAAAUAAAAACUAAUUUAUCAGCACCCUGGCACCACUGUAAAUGACUACACGCAAGUUUCAAAUCACUCAGUUUUCAUCAAAACCGAACCUAAUCAGAAAUGAGUAAAGGGGAAUUCCACGAAAACUGAGUGAUAUUCACCCAGAUCCAAGGGAAGAGCUGAAAAAGAAAGUGAACCCGAAAAAUUUGAACGUCAGUCGCGUGAUUCAAGGCAAAGAUGGAGCGGUAAUGGUAGUUUUGAAGGAUGAAGGAUCGUCGAAACAGUUGAAGGAGAGUGUCAAGAAGGCAAUGGGAGAUAAAUUUGACGUGUCUGUACGAGAAAGCAUUAAACCUACAAUCAAAAUAGUUGGAAUGAAUGAGGAGUACGAGGAAAAGGAACUACAGGAAAAGCUUGGUCAGCCAGAAUGACGUCUUUCAAGGUCUCAAGUACUUCAAACUGUGGAAGUUCCUGAGCAACCCAAGGCGAGAAUAUGCACAGUACUCUGCGAUUGUGCACAGCAAAAAAUUGUGUAAAAAUGGAAGGUGUAAAAUGGAAUGUUGAAAACAGGAAGGUUCAAUAUUACAUCUGUUUUAGACGAAUUGUCACUAAAAAUUCAGCCUAACAGAUUUUACUCUUAAAAGGUUAAAUAUUUCGAUGGAAGGUGUAAUUUUGUGACGAUUUCGAUGCAAUAUUGCAUAUAACAGGUUUUCGACCUUUUUUUCGAUACCUAAUUUGACAACUGUCAAAACUUGUUGUUUUUCAAAGGCCGCCGCAGAUUGAUUGUUUUGUGUUUGCUGCUGCUCGGGUGCAAGUUUGUUGUGGCAAAGGAAAAUCGUGACGAAAAAGUGAUUCUGCGCGUCCGGGUUGUCCAAAAUGUACAGCAGAGUACGGUUCAUGUGUGUGCUUGUUUGCGCGUUUUCCUCUUACGCGCUGGAAUACUGGUGUGAAGAGAAGGUGUCUAGGAAGUUUUGGGAAAAUUCAGCUUUUGCGGAGAGCGUAAUGACCGGUAACAUGCGACAGGCGCGUGAUCCCGACACGGGAUGGUAGUUCUUCUUCUUUGAUCCCAGAGCCAAAAUCGAGAUCUUCGAACGGCCGUGGCCCAAAUCGACAGUGUUUCCGCGGGGUUACAUCUGCAACUCGAUCAAUCUGGUCUUCCUCCCGUACGUGUUCAACUCGAUCGAACGCGAGGUGGGGAAUCACUUCUCCGCCGAGAGAAUGGCCGCGCUGGACGAUCCGGACUCGCCCGACUUUGAAUCGACCUUCGAGUUCAUCAAGGCGCCAAUCAUCCGCAAGGAAGUGCGCCGGAAGAACGUCAAGCUGCCGCUGAGGAGAGCCGUAACCGACCCUGGCUGUUCAGACCCUUGCACGAGAAGUACCUCUACGUUGGGCGGCGAGGUCUCCUACUACGCAAGAACAGUCCCGCCGUUUCGCCGUUACACCUAUCCGGUUCCCAACGUAAGUCCGCAUCGUCAUCACAAACAGCGAGGAGUCUCCGAUACGGCGUGUCCCCUGUCGAUCGACUCGUGAUCGAAGUUUUCAGCGGCAAUCACUUGGUAAGUGGACUUCAGUGCAAAAUCUCGACAAGUUCUUUACUAACCAUCAACGCUCUUUCCACAGCCCUAACCGCCGCCGAGAAGUAUCCGUUUCAGUUUCCAGACUCGCGUUAACGAGUCCAUCUGGUGCAAAGGGAUCGCGUAGUGUCCGUACGGCGAGAACGAAUCUUUUAUGCACUGUAGAGCACUGCAAAAUCCGCCGCAACUGCCGCCGGACGUCGGUGCUGCAGACACGGCUCAAGUCGAUGGACACAGCCAAUCGGGUAAAUUAAUCUAUAGAAUUCUAAAAGCAAAACGUUACAUUUCGGUUCCUUUCUCAGGAAAAACAACAACGGCGAAGAUUGGUAAAGCGGGCAAAUUCUUCGACUGAUCCGGAACCGGAUCGCGAGUUGACAAGCAGCUGGUACUGGUCUCGUAACCGACGCAGGGCCAAUCGCCAAAGGACGUACCAGUAGGGUGUAAUAUGGUUGUAUGGAAAAAAAUAAAGUUGUCCAAAUUUGGCUAGCACAGCAACUUUUUGGUUCCUUAUAGGGUCCUUAACAACUCCCCAAAGUUUGGGAACGAUUG